UCGGGUGUCAAUCAGGUCAAUUUCCAACCAGGGAGUGAAAUUGGAGGAAAAGUUUCGGAUAAGUUUGUAACAAUGAGAAGUCGUAAAGGGAAAGGCGGUCAGCGGGGCGAAGAGAACGCUGCCCGAGCUGACAGUAAGUACAUGUCCGACUCUGCCCCCACCUCGGCCGGACUAACCGUUUUGUGGGUUUUCCUGCUGCUAGUGGUGGCCGGGUGUGGGAUUGCCGGCUGGUACAUUCAGCAGCAACUCCACACCAUCGACAGCCUGGAUCAGACCAUUCAAAUUCUGCAGAAAAGACUGUCUCAGGUCGAACUAAUCCAUUCUCAAAUGAAGGAGCUGAACGAGAAGUUGUUGGUCGCAGAAGCUCAUGAGCAAAGGUUGCAGGAUCUCGAGAUCGCCUGGGCUGAAUCAAAAAAGAGAAUGGAAAUGACGACAGAAGCCGUGACACAGAUUCAGUCAGCCAACGUGAAUAGUAAAGUGGCUGUGCUCCAGUCAGAAAUGAGUAAAACCCUGGGUGAGCUUAGGAAGGACUUCCUCACAAGGAAUGAUUUGGCUCAACUGGAGAAUAGGGUCAAAGUUCUUCAAGAGGUUGAGUUUGCACAGGCAGAGCAGCAAGUUGCAAGUAUGAAGGCUGCAACCUCCAAACUUGAAGAAAAUGUAGAUUUACUUUCUGCUUCAUUACCAACCUUAACAAGUCGAGUUGCAAGCCUAGAGGCAGAAAGGCAAGACCUUCAGUCUCUUCAGCAAAGCAUUCAAGACAUCAAUGUAGUCAAAGAAUUAAUGGACCAUAGUCUUCCCUCUCUCUCCAACGGCAUGAUUGCAUUAAGAAAACAGGUCAAUGAGACUACCCAGGUGACUGAUAUUAUUCGGUCACAGUUAGCCCAGCACAGCAAAGAAUUAUCAGCAUUGAAAGACAGUGCAUCUCACCAACAAGCUGAGCACCUGUCCAGAAAAGAGGAACUGGAACACAUCAGGAAAAUGGCCAACCAGUUGCAGAUGGAGAAGAUUUCCAUGGAAGAGUUGGAGAAUGCUAUUGAAAGCUUAGUAACCAGUAAUAUCAGUGAGCUGCAGAGGAGAACUAGCAACAUGGAUGAAAUGCUAGCCACUCUGCAAAAUCAUGUCACAAAGGUUGAAAGUGAUGGGGCCAAUCAAAAUAAAGAGUUAGCAGAUGCAUUGAAUCAGACAUCUCAUACUCUGCAAAAAACCUUGGGAAAAAUAGAAACAAAUCUCAAGAGGACUGUAGAGCAAUGUUUAUCAGGAGAAGUAAGAACUUUCUGUGAAACUUCAGAGAAUUGUGCUUGGCCACACAUUCGGGAAGUUAACUUUCCUCAUCGCAUACUGAAGGAUCCAGUGAUAAUGCUGAGUUUAGCUGAAAUCAGCUCAGUUGAUUCAGUUGGAGUAACAGUGAAAGCUUUAGAUAUUACGGACUCUGGUUUUAAGAUCCAAAUUAGUAGCAUUGGUAAUUAUAAUCUGUCAACUGUGAGAGUCAACUGGUUGCUCUGUGCUUAGAUGAAGUGACUUUCAAAAAUCUGGACGAAACACCAAUCCUAUGGGAAAAAGCUGAGAGAAACAGUCAUGACUUUCAAUGUAAGGUGAUAAGACUUUCCUAUCAGAGCUCCUCGAGCUAAUUCAAUGCUAAAGUAGUUAAUCUGUUUGAAAUUAAUUAUUUGCAACCUUUAUUAUGAAUUUCUCCUUGUGUAAAUGGACCCAGUGUUUUUAUAUCAAAGAUGCAAAAGUGCCGUAUUUCAUAGGAAAUGGCAGUUUAAAGACCAGUACGUACAACUAUAUAGAUCAGAGAAACAGGCAACAUAACUAUACCUAAUCAGUUGAGUAAUUAAUUGUAGGCUUUCAAGCCAAUAAAAUGGUAAAUGAAUAAAAACAGAUGGCGUGGAGUAGGAGUGCAGAGUGGAUAUUGAUUGUCCACUUAUUUCGUUUGAAACUGAAGUAAAUGAAAUUAUGUUGCAAUAUAAGGAAACAGUGUUUGCACUCGCUGUGUAAUUGCUGGAGCUUCUGAUUGUAUUUAUUGUGGGGCAUGAUAAUGAACAAAGUUAUAAUAGGAAAUUUUCAGUAAAUGUAUUUGUUCAUAAGGUGAAGAAAUUAUGUGUAUGUAUUGUCCCUUUCUGAUUGUCAUUGAACUGAGGAACUGGCCCCUUUGUUAGGCUUGGAGUCGCAUGUGGACGAAACCCCACAUAGGAGUUUCCUCCCCUUGAAAAAUAUCAGUGAAUCUAAGGGUUUUUGAGAUAAUCUAGUCAUUUAAUUUUCAACAUUACUGAAAUCUAAAUAGCUAUUCAUUCCUAAAUCCUCAAGGUUGGCCAAAGUAGUACAUGAACUUGUGUAACAGUCUAGCUUUUAGUCCAGUAUCAUUGCUAUUAGUUGCAUCAUGUCUUGCAUGAACUUGUACGGUAUUUAUCAGCUUUUGCUCCUAUGGCCCUUGAUAAUACUUACUCACCAAAAAUCCAUCUCUAUAUUGAAUCCUUCAGUUGGCCCAACAUCCAAGCUUUUUAAGGAAUUGGGUGCCAGAUCUCUACAGCUUUUGCUUCCCUCUUCUCAAUUCUUCUGCCAGAGGAAAUAGAGUAAAUUAAGGGAAACCAUGAUCAUUAGUAUAGUGGUUAGCAUAGUGCUAUUACAGUAUCAGAAACCCAGGUUCAAUUCCACUACUGAGUAAGAAGUUUGUACGUUUUCCCUGUGACUGUGUGGGUUUCUUCCAGUUGCUCUGGUUUCCUCCCAUGUUCCAAAGACAUAUGGGUUAAUAGGUUAAAUGGUCUCAUGGGUUAAUAAGUUAAGUGUUCAUAUGGGUUAAUAGGUUAAAUGGUCUCAUGGGUUAAUAAGUUAAGUGUUCAUAUGGGUUAAUAGGUUAAAUGGUCACAUGGGUUAAUAAGUUAAGUGUUCAUAUGGGUUAAUAGGUUAAAUGGUCACAUGGGUGUAACUGGGCGUCAAGGCUUUUUGAGCAGGAAGGGUAUGUUAUUAUGCUAUAUCUCUAAAUAAAAAUAAAAAAUCUAAGUAUUUUCAUAUUUUCGUAAAUAACAGCAGUUUUGUCAGCAGCCCAUAAUAAACUAGGCCUCUGUACAACGGUGAAAGUAUACCAGCUCUAAAUCACUGCAUUCUUCUUAAAGGAUAAUGCACAAAGUGAAUGUAUUACUGCAGGUGGGAUUUGACUAAAGGCCAAUUUAUAUUUGUGCAUCAAAUCGACGCCGUAGGUAUGGCGUAGCUGCGUACCCAACACUGUACCCUAUGCCGUAGCCUGACGCACACCUCCGCAAAAAUUUUACUACGCGUUGCAGCGACGCAGACCGCAACAACUGUGAUUGGUCAGCUUGGUAGCAUCGCAUUUCCUCCAACGCUGCAAUAGCUUCCCAUUGGGCGACUGAAGGGCAGGGAAGGAACUCUGGCUGCAAUGCUUUCCAUAAAGCUUUACAGACCUCCGAAAUUAUGGAGGACCCUGUGCUUGACGCCAGUUUGUAGCUAGCUGCUGCAGCCUGUUGACUUCCACCUGAAGCUAAAACUCGAAUGGUGAUUGCCAGUCUCGGAGUAUACUGUGCAUACACCGAUGCGAAAUAAAUGGUUGGAGACGAUGAAUCAAAUCGUCAAAUCUACCUGCCGAUAUCCGAAAGUAUUUGAAAUACACUUCCUCGUCCAUGUCUCUCAGUGGCCGGACAAGCACAGAAAAUUCACCCUCCUUCAGUUUCAGUGGCCAUUGUUUGAAGUUUGAGUUUCUUCAUGUUGAGCCCACUUGCGUAGGCUACGGCGUAAGCUAGUACGCACAAGUACAAAUCAGCCUUAAGUUGAAGUAUAACUUCCUCCCCUUUGCAUUCCAAUCCACCCAAAUUUCCUUGGUGUGUUGACUUUUUAAAAUAUGCAGAGUAUUAUCUUUCUUGCAUAAACAAUACAGGACUUCUGUUGAAUUUGUUUUGGCCACUUGAUAUUUGUCCCUUUGUACCUCUCUAUAACAUUCUGCUUUCCUGACUUGGCACCAUCUUUAGACUUUGAUAUGCUCAGGUCAUUAAUAAACAUGGUAAAAAUAUAAAGGCCUUGUAAUGCAUGCAAGAAUACACAGCUUGUCACAUUCUGUAGGGUGUUGUCCAUACAUCUUCCACCUGCUGCCCACCAAAUCCAUUUGAAACCAAGGUUUAAAUAUUGCCUCCGUUUUUGCAACUCUGUGCAGUUAUUUAAGCACUUAAGAGCAGCAGAUUUGAAAGCUUUGUACUUUUGAUAAAUAUAAUCCAUAUUUCUAAAAGAUGUAUAAUUUUGUUUGCUGCAGUACUAGUAGUACAGUAUAUCUAUGAUUUUAUCAGAAGUCUGUUGAUCAGCUCUGAUGGGGCAUAGCACACUUUGUACAGGCAAUUAAUCUCCUAUAAUUACCUAUUAUGAAUUCAGUUGGUACUCUUUUGAUUUCACAUUUAUUAUUCUGAAGAUGGAUGGACAAAG